CUCCUGCACCUCUGCAGCCGAGAAGGAGAUGGGAGGAGCAGAACAAAGGGAGAAGCAAUACCGAGCCCACCCAGGCUUUGGGGACCGCCGCGGUGGGGUCAUCAGUGCCCGCACUUACUUCUAUGCUGAUGAGGCCAAGUGUGACCAGCACAUGGAGACCUUUCUCCGCUGCAUCGAUGCCUCAAGUGGCAGCUCUGAGGAUGGCUUCUCAGCCAUCAAGCUGACAGCACUGGGCAGACCUCAGUUCCUGCUGCAGUUCUCAGAGGUGCUGGUCAAGUGGCGGAGGUUCUUCCACCAGAUGGCCGCGGAGCAGGGCCAGGCUGGGCGAGCAGCACUGGAGAUGCGGCUGGAGGCAGAGAAGCUGCGGGAGGCUUUGGCCAACCUUGGCAUCGCAACCAAGGCAGAGACCCAGCGCUGGUUCACCGGCGAGAACCUGGGCAUAAGCGGAGCCACUGAGACAGGCGUGAGGCUGAUGGUGGAUGCGGAGCAGAGCUACUUCCAGCCCGCCAUCAGCCGCCUCACCCUGGAGAUGCAGCGCCGCUUCAACAGGGACCAGGCCAUCAUCUUCAACACUUACCAGUGCUACCUGAAGGAGGCUUAUGACAACAUGACAGUGGACGUGGAGCUGUCACGCCGGGAGGGCUGGCACUUUGGCACCAAGCUUGUCCGUGGCGCCUACAUGGAGCAGGAGCGGGAGCGGGCGGCCCAGAUCGGCUAUGAGGAUCCCAUCAAUCCCACCUAUGACAAGACCAACGAGAUGUACCACAGGUGCCUGGACUAUAUCCUGGAGGAGAUCAAGCACAGCAGGAAAGCCAGUGUGAUGGUGGCAUCUCACAAUGAGGACACAGUGAAGUUCACCCUGUGCAGGAUGACGGAGCUUGGCAUCCACCCCUCGGAGAAGAAGGUGUACUUUGGGCAGCUGCUGGGCAUGUGCGACCAGAUCACCUUCCCCUUGGGUCAGGCUGGUUUUCCCGUCUACAAGUACAUGCCCUAUGGCCCGGUGCAGGAGGUGCUGCCCUACCUGUCCCGCAGGGCCCAGGAGAACAGGGGCUUCAUGGAGCGAGCAAACCGGGAGCGGGACCUUCUCUGGAGGGAGGUCAAGCGGCGGCUUCUCACUGGCACCUUCUUUAGCUCCAGACACUAA